AUGAACAAUGGAUCAUCAAACACAGGAAGCUUAGAUCAGCAAUUUGCUGGUAUGAGCAUGAACAACAACAGCAAACCUGCUUCUCGUUAUGUCCCUCCUCACUUGAGAAAUCAAGCUAAUCGCCAAAGUAACAAUGAAAGUCAGCCUUCUGCUGCUCCUCCUAGAACCAACGGCUGGAAUGAUUGGAACGGUAAUGGCAGCCAACGUGCUGGCGGCAGUGGUGGUGGAUGGAACUCUUCCUAUUCAGAUAUGCCCCGUGGUGGUAACAGAUAUGGUGGCGGAGGACGCUCUGAUUUCUAUGAGCGUGGCUCUUAUGGUGGUUACCGCAACAACCGUCAAGAUUCCGGCUACCAACGUCGUGAUGAAACUCAAGGUUAUUGGAAGGAUGGUGUUCACCACAUUGGUAACCGUAACCCUCGUAUUGAAAAGGAUCUCUUUGGUACUCAAGAUGAUGCUGUCACUCAACACACUGGUAUCAAUUUUGAAAAGUAUGAUGACAUUCCUGUUGAAGCCAGUGGUCAUGAUUGCCCUGAAUGUAUCACCACUUUCACCUCUCCUCCUAUGGACGCUCAUUUGUUGAGCAACAUUGAAUUGGCCAGAUAUACUACCCCUACUCCUGUUCAAAAGUACUCUAUCCCUAUCAUUGAUGCUGGUAGAGAUUUGAUGGCCUGUGCUCAAACUGGUUCUGGUAAGACUGGCGGUUUCCUCUUCCCCGUCUUCUCUGAACUCUUCUCAAAGGGCCCCAUUUCCCCUCCUGCUGAAGAGGAGUCUCGUGGCUACCGUGCUCGCAAGGCUCACCCUCAAGUUUUGAUUCUCGCCCCUACUCGUGAAUUGGUCUCUCAAAUCUAUGAUGAAGCCAAGAAGUUUGCUUACCGUUCUUGGGUCAAGCCUGCCGUUGUCUACGGUGGUUCUGACAUUGGCGCUCAAAUCCGUAACAUUGAACGUGGUUGUGAUUUGUUGGUCGCUACUCCUGGCCGUCUUGUCGAUUUGAUUGAGCGUGCUCGUAUCUCUCUUUCUCUCAUCCGUUUCCUCGUCUUGGAUGAAGCUGAUCGCAUGUUGGAUAUGGGUUUUGAACCUCAAAUCAGACGUAUUGUUGAAAAGGAAGACAUGACUCCUGUUGAAGAUCGUACCACCCUUAUGUUCUCUGCCACUUUCCCUCGCGAUAUCCAAUACUUGGCCCGUGAUUUCUUGAAGGAUUACAUCUUCUUGUCUGUCGGCCGUGUCGGUUCCACAUCCGAGAACAUUACCCAAAAGGUUGAGUACGUUGAAGAUGAGGACAAGCGAUCUGUCUUACUUGACAUCCUCCACUCCAAUGAAGCUGUCGGUCUCAGCUUGAUUUUUGUUGAAACCAAGCGCAUGGCUGAUGCUCUCUCUGACUUUUUGUUGGACCACAACUUCCCUGCUACUGCUAUUCACGGUGAUCGUACCCAACGUGAACGUGAGCGUGCUUUGGAGUCCUUCAAGACUGGCCGUACUCCCAUCAUGGUUGCUACUGCUGUCGCUGCUCGUGGUUUGGAUAUUGCUAAUGUCUCUCAUGUCAUCUCUUAUGAUUUGCCUACUGAUAUCGAUGAUUAUGUUCAUCGUAUUGGUCGUACUGGUCGUGCCGGUAACACUGGUUUAGCUACUGCCUUCUUCAAUCGUGGCAACAAGAAUAUUGUCAAUGAUUUAAUCAACAUUUUGGAGGAAGCUAAUCAAGAGAUCCCUGGUUUCUUGGAAUCCAUUGCUAGAGAAACCCGCUCCUUCGGUGGUCGUGGCCGUGGCCGUGGCCGUGGAGGCAACAACUUUGGUGGUAGAGAUUACAGAAAGUCCAACAAUGACUGGAACUCUCCUGCUCCUUCUCGUGAUUCUGGUUUCCCCUCUUUGGGCGGUGGACGUCCCUCUCACAAUAACAACAGCUAUAACAACAAUGGUGGUGGUAAUGUUCCUCUUCAAUACCAAACCAAGACCAGUUGGUUCUAA